AUGAACUCUCUAAUUGCUUUCCUCUUUUCUUAUAGUAUCGGUAUAUUUCUGGUUACCACCACCAUCUCUGCUUCCGGUGGUGGUAAUGAGACCGAUUACAAGGCGUUGUUGAAGUUCAAGUCGAUGAUCACCCAUGAUCCAAAUGAAGCUCUAAGCUCAUGGAACGCUUCCUUCCAUUUUUGUGAUUGGAGCGGUGUUAUAUGUGGGAAGAAGCACAGAAGAGUCAUUGGUCUAGUACUGAUCUCACAAGGCCUACAAGGCUCCUUGUCUCCUCAUGUAGGGAACCUAAGCUUCCUUCGCAUGUUUUCUCUCACCAACAACAGCUUUCAAGGAACCAUCCCUCAUGAACUGGGUCGUCUAUUCAGGCUUCGUUUCCUCUAUCUUCGCUUUAACAAAUUCAACGGAGUCAUUCCAACUAACUUGUCUGGGUGUUCUGAUAUGGAAAGGCUUCGCCUUCAUCACAACAAGCUAGCUGGAAGCAUACCCAAAGAGAUCAGUUUUCUCUCCAAACUUAUUUUGUUUAGAGUUUAUGAUAAUAAGUUAACAGGUGGAAUCCCAGCUUUCUUGGGGAAUAUAACAUCAAUGAUAUCCUUCUCUGCUUCCGGAAAUCCGUUGGGUGGGAGCAUUCCAGACACCUUAGGAAAUUGGAAAAGCUUAACAGUACUUCAGCUUGGUGCUUGUAACUUGUCUGGAACCAUCCCUCAUUCCAUUUUUAACCUCUCACUCCUAACUUAUUUUUCCUUGGGUGAGAAUCAACUUACUGGUAGUCUUCCCUCAGCCAUAGGUGCAAUGCUCCCGAAUCUUCAGUUCCUCCAAUUGCGGGAUAACAGACUGACCGGACCUCUUCCACCCUCGAUAUCUAAUUCUUCAAAAUUACAACUUCUUGAAGUGAAUAACAACAAUUUUAGGGGAAAGUUGACAAUUGAUUUUGCAAAACUGAAAGACAUAUAUUUCUUAAACUUUGGUAAUAACGUCUACAGAUUCAAAGAGGCUGAUGAUAUGAAGUUUAUUGAUACUAUGAAAAAUUGCAGCAAACUAAAGGUUUUGCAGCUUUAUAAUUGCAAGUUUCAAGGAGUGCUACCCACAUCAAUCGAUAACCAAUUCACAGGAAAAAUCCCCUCCACCAUUGGUCAGCUUCAAAAGCUACAAGUUGCUGUACUAUCUAAAAACCAAUUUUCAGGGCCGAUUCCAGACGCUAUCGGGAACAUAUCUUUAUUGUCUAAGCUUUGGUUAUCUUUCAACAGACUGGAAUGGCAUAUUCCAUCAAGCAUGGGAAAUUGUCAUCAUCUAUUGGAUUUGCUCCUUAACAACAAUCAACUCAGCGGCACAAUACCUAAACAACUUCUCCAACUUUCAUCUUUGACCAUAAGAUUAGAUCUUUCUCAAAACAAUCUGUUUGGGUCACUUCCAACAGAGGUUGGCGACCUCAAGAUGUUAACUUCUCUAGAUUUAUCUGAUAACAAUUUAACAGGUCACAUUCCUAGUAGCCUUGGUGGUUGCACAAGCCUUUCAUUCUUAUCCCUCAAAGGCAACUUAUUUCAAGGCACCAUACCAUCCUCAUUAACUUCUAUGAGAGGAGUUUCAACACUUGAUCUUUCUCAUAAUAAUUUAUCGGGCCAAAUUCCUAGAUUUUUGGAGCGAUUUAUCUUAUUAGAAUAUGUAAACCUAUCAUUUAAUGAUUUUGAGGGUGAAGUACCAGUGCUAUUAGUAUUUGCCAAUGCAAGUGCAUUCUAUGUUUUGGGAAACAGUAGGCUUUGUGGUGGCUUGGCUGAACUUGGGUUACCCAAAUGCAAGGAGAUCACACAGAAACAUAAAAAAAGGGUUCUUGAGUUGGUAAUAGUCAUUCUAAUUGUAUCCACACUUUUUACUGUAUUGUGUUUAGUGUAUGUUUGGUGUAAGAAAAGGAAGUGCCAACCUUCUCGAUCACCAUCAAGGGCCGAACGAUUCAUAAAAGUAUCAUACGGUCAACUUCUGAAAGCUACCAACGGCUUCUCCAAAGCCAAUUUGAUUGGUGAGGGUGGGUUCAGCUCUGUAUACAAAGGAAUAUUUGAUCAUGGUCAUAGAUUUAUUGCGAUCAAAGUUCUUCAUCUUCAAAAUCGAGGUGCUCACAAAAGCUUUAUAGCGGAGUGUGAAGCAUGGCGGAGUAUUCGACACCGGAAUCUAUUGAAGAUAAUAACUUCAUGUUCAAGUGUUGACUUUCAAGGCAAUGACUUCAAAGCUUUGGUAUAUGAGUUCAUGUCCAACGGGAGUUUACACGAUUGGUUGCAUUCAAGUGCAUCUACAUCCACACUAAACCUUCUCCAAAGAAUUACCAUCCUCCUUGAUGCCGCAUCUGCACUUGAUUAUCUUCACAAUCAUUGCCUGCCAACCAUCAUUCACUGUGACCUGAAGCCUAGCAACAUUCUGCUGGAUGAUGACAUGGUGGCCCAUGUUGGAGACUUUGGUUUAGCUAGAUUUCUUGGAACAAAUUCAAACCAAAACAGCACAAGUGGCAUUAGAGGAACGAUUGGGUACACACCUCCAGAGUAUGGUGUUGGGAGCGAGAUGACAAGUAGUGGGGAUGUCUAUAGUUUUGGAAUACUAUUGUUGGAGGUGAUGACAGGGAAAAGGCCGACUGAUGACAUCUUUAAUGAAGGCCUUAGCCUUCAUAAAUUUGCACAAAUGGCAUUGCCAGACUAUGUAAAUGAUGUUAUUGAUGAUGACCUUCUAAAAUUUCUUCAAGAUGAUGCUAUUGCUACACAAUCUACGUUAGAAUAUGCAAAGAAAAUAAAAGAAUGCUUGUCUUCAACAGUCAAGCUUGGAGUAUCAUGCUCCAUGGAGUCCCCACCACAAAGGACAAAUAUCAAAAAUGUUGUCCAUGAGUUGCAACGAAUUCUGGAUAUGCUUCAAUAAACUUGAGGUGCCAUGUUAAUCAAUAUUUUGGUUAUUAAGAG